AUGCGGCCACCAAGCAUCGCAGCCCAGCUCCGUCCGCAGCUGCUCGCCAGCGCCCAUUGCCAUGGCCCGUUGGCGCGCUCGCUGUCCUCGGUUACUGCUGCGGCGGGCCCGUCGCACCGUGUCCGCAGUCGCGCCGCGGUGACACCCCUCGUGAGCGCCAGCUUCUUCCUCUCCAACCGGCUGUUUGAGCGGUCCGGCUGCCUCGACUCGCUCGUCUCGCGCAACCGGAAACGCGCGACCUCGACCACAGCAGCACGACCGACGCCGGCCCAGCCCAUAGACGAGCUUCCCCCCCACCGCCGGAGACUGGCCCGGAAACUCGCAGAUGCCAGCCACGAUUCCCCCGACGCCGCCCUGCCCUCAAACGCCUCCUCCACCCUUACUAGCCUCGCCGCUGCGCAUCCGGACCGCUCCGCCCGCCGCAUCCUCUCCUCGCUCCUCUCCCUCUCCAAGCCACGCCUCACGGUGCUCGUUGUGCUGACGGCCAUGGCACCGUACGCCCUGUACCCGAUGCCCGAGAUGCUGACGCCCACCAUGACCGAGACGCCCAGCCUGAGCCCCCUGACGCUCCUCUUCCUCACCACAGGCACGGCCCUCUGUUCCGCGAGCGCCAAUGCCCUCAACAUGCUCUACGAGCCAUCUACCGAUGCCAAGAUGUCGAGGACGCGCAAUCGUCCGCUCGUCAGGAGGCUGGUUUCCGCCCGCAGCGCGGCCAUCUUCGCCAUCCUCGCGGGCGCCGCGGGCACAGGUGCCCUCUACUUUGGCGUCAACCCCACCGUGUCGCUCCUUGGCCUCUCCAACAUCGUCCUGUAUGCCGGCGUCUACACGCCUCUCAAGGCAGUCACCGCCCUCAAUACCUGGAUCGGCGCCCUUGUGGGCGGCAUUCCGCCGCUCAUGGGAUGGGCCGCCGCUGCCGGCGAGGCCGCGACUAACGACGGCUCGUGGCGCGAGCUGCUGUUUGCCAGCGACGGCUCGUCGAUAGGCGGCUGGCUGCUGGCCGGCCUGCUCUUCGCCUGGCAGUUCCCGCACUUCAUGGCACUGAGCUGGCCCAUCCGCGACGAGUACCGCGCCGCCGGCCUACGCAUGCUGGCCUGGACCAACCCGGCCCGCAACGCGCGCGUCGCCCUGCGCUACAGCCUCGUCUUCAUCCCCAUCUGCCUGUCGCUGUGCGCCGCCGGCGUCACCGAGUGGUCCUUUGCCGCCACCAGCCUGCCCGUCAACCUGUGGCUGGCGCGCGAGGCCGUGCGCUUCUGGCGCUUCGAAGGCCAUAAGGGCAGCGCCCGCGGCCUCUUCUGGGCCAGCGUCUGGCACCUGCCGGCCGUCAUGAUCCUUGCACUGCUGCACAAAAAGGGCCUAUGGGCCCGCGCCUGGGCCAGUGCGUUUGGACAACCUGCCGACGGCGUGUGGGUAGAGGAAGGAGAGGCUGAGGAGCUGCAGGAAAUGGUCAGCAUGACGGCGGCUAGGGUUGCUGAGAAGACGACACGAGCGCGGUGA